AGCACUCUCUGAAUCAGAUAAAGCUAGUGGGACUGUGACUGAUGCUCCUCUGGAGCCAGAUAAAGCCAUUGAAACUGUAACUGACGCUCAUUUAGAGCCAGAUAAAGCCAGUGAGACUGUUACUGAAGCUCUUCCUGAAUCAGAUAAAACCAUUAAUACUGUGCCUGAUACUCUCCCCGAGCCAGAGAAAAUAAUUGUGACAGAUGAAAUGAUUAACAAUCCUGGACAGAAAAAUGAUGCAUUAGAAGAUGAUGCAAAUUAUCAGAUUGGUACUGCAUCCUUAAAUACUGAUGUAGACAUGAACAUUGGAGAAUCCAUCAAGGUGACUGAGGCUCAUAUUGAGGAUGGUGCUUGUGACAGUGAAACUAUUGGAGAUUCAAAAUCAAAAAAUGGUAAUAAUGUUUCAACAUUCAUCCCCCAGGAAGAUUGUACUAAUGAAAAUGAAAAAAUGUUAACUGAAGAUGACCCCCAUGUAACAUCAGUCACACUCAUUGUACCUGUAGGGGAUGACAUUCAAGGGAAUGAUGUCAUAGACACCAAUGUUAAUACUCAAAAUAACACUACAUGCGACACUGAUACCUCUGAUGGGGUCGACCAUCAGGAAAAUGAUCAACAAAUGAUGAUUGAGUCUUAUGGAUCCAUAGCAGAUUCUGAUCAUAAAGGCUCACUUCUUAAUCAGUAUGAAUUCAUGGAAUUGAAUAAUGAAGCUGACGACACCUCUAGAGUUGAUAGUCCUUCAAACUAUAAAGUCAACUUGGAAGAGAUGAAUGAUGUCAACCUUGGUGAGACAGUCGACUUUGAGGAUGUUUCUGGACAAAGGGCACCAUUGGAGAUGAAGGUGGAGUUCAUUACCCCACCACGACCUGAAAUGUCUCCAACUAGGCACAACAUAAGUAUGGCCCAUGACCUGGUGGACUCUCAGCCAUUUGUUCUUUUGCAUAACAUCAAGAAGUCCCCAGGAGGAAUAGAAUAUGGUAUCCCACCUGCUACAAGCCAUGGUACCAUACCUGCCUCAUUACCACAUGCUCUUGGCCUGCAAAGUGUCCAGAGCCAUACCUCUCAACCCCCACCCCCAAGUCAUAAAGUAGGUUAUAAAUGUAAAGCAUGUGGCAAAGUAUUUGCCUCAACUGAUAGCAUUAAAAUCCAUGUCAAACUUGUUCACAAUCAAAAGGUUAAUGCCUCUAGCACAUCAAAACCUAAAGCUAAAACGCAUAAGCCCAAACCUCAGAAACAAGUACAAAGACUUUAUAAUUGUAAACAGUGUGGGAAAUCAUAUAAAACAGCAGUCGGAUUUAGUGAGCAUAAGUACAUUCACAGGGUCAAAAGAGAGAAGAUAACACCGGUAAGCCAUCCUUACAAAUGUGAGAAUUGUGUUCAGAGAUUCGUUUUUAAACAAAGUCUGUCCAGACACAUUGAAAGAGCACAUCCACUUUCAAGACCAAAUAGACGACACAGGGAUCCAAGUAAACAACUUGCAAAAUUACCACUGAGGGUAAAAAGUUAUAAAUGCAAAAUCUGUAGAAAGGGAUUCAUGAACUUAGCUGGGCAGAUAUCACAUACAAAGUUCUGUGAAAAGGCCAAGAAAAGUGAACAGAAGAAACGUCAACAAAUGUUAACACGCUCCAAGCCCAAACUACUCCCAAAGAGCAAGCCAGUUGAAGAAUUGGCAGAUGAGGGUGGAACUUAUAAAUGUGCCAUGUGUAGUAAAGCGUUUGGAGGACUUCAGGCCAUGUUUAUGCACAUAGCACAAGAUCAUGAUGCAAGUAAGCUAUUCACAAAGGUAGAUGACUCUACAGUGGCAAAAGCUUUACCUCCUCAAAAACAAAUUCAGAAAAUAUCAAAUCAAUCUAAAAAGCCAAAUCAAAAAUUAACAAAAAUAAAUCCACAACAAAAGGUCUCUUUAAACACUAGGGUAAGUCAGAGAUUGGUUCUACCACCUAAACCAAUACAAAAACACAUUAUUUCAAAAGGUCAAAGAAUUGUGAGUCCUAAGUCUAGUCUUGGAAGUCCAAUAGACAAGAUCGGAUUGGUUCCUACACCUAUCCGGGUACCUGAUACUAUUUUAAAGACAGUUGCUGUUUCCAUUCCCAAAUUAGAUGAUCCUCCCAGAAGCGUAAAGAAAGUAGGUGCUGAGGACCUAACAUGUUCUGUGUGCAUGAUUCCAUUUGCUUCUUUGUCGAAUAAAAACAAACAUAUGAAACGACAUCUAGAGAUCACUUCUAGUAGACCAUACACACGUCCCUGUAAAUGUGGAAUAUGUGGCAAAUCAUGCUCCAGCGAAACCGAAAGGGAACAACACAGAGUCGAAGUGCAUAAACUGAUUUUACCUGCCAGAAGUUAUUCUGUCCCAAUUAGUGAAACAAAAAGACGAGACCAUGUUGUUAAGGUCAAGCAUACUCCAACUAAGAGAGUCGAUCCUGUUUUGAGGGACAUACAUAUUUCUUCUCCCCUUUUAGAGGUAUCACAUGUUAAGUUCAAAUGCACUCAUUGUUACAAGGUCUUUAGAAGUGAAUCCCAGCUGAAGUUGCAUGAAAACAGCAUGCAUACAAGUGAAAAAGCUGUUCAAAAGAAUGAUGAACCCAUGGAUGUGGUUGUAUUAGAUGAUGACGAUGUUCCAGAUGCUUCCUUUAGUUGUGCUCAAUGUAGCUUAACCUUUGUUAAGAUAACAGAACUUUACGAUCACAAGUCCAACAUCCAUGGUGAAAGAAAAAGAGGAACAUCCUGGAAAACAAAGAUACAAGAAGAACCAGAGGAACCAGUUGUUCAUGAUAAUCGAUUCUCUGAAAAGGAUGGUUUGUUUUAUUGUAAGCUUUGUCCAAAGUUCUUUGGAGCACUUAAAAGUAUAAAGAGACAUCAUACAGACAUGCACAAGAAGAACAAUGAAAGUCAACAGAGUAGUCUAGGUCAAUACAAGUGCAGUCUUUGUGAAGUUUGGUUUGUACAGAAAGAUGAAUUCGUUCGGCAUAAAUCUCUUAAUGAUUCAUGUGCUAAAGCUGAACUUAUCUCGAUUAAAUCCAAUACUAAUGUAUCAAAAACAAAAUGGACUUGUGAACACUGCAAGAGGUCAUUCUCGAAGUUUGGAGACUACAGCAGCCAUGUAAAAUCAUGUAAUGCUUCAACAGCCAAGGCAAAGAAGAUAACUAUCUCAGAUUCUAUGUUAUCCAACAUGGAAAAGGGAAAUGUUGAUAUUGGUCACUUACAAUGUUCACAAUGUGAAAUUUGGUUCUCAACGAUGACCUUUUUCAAAGUCCACCAGCAAGUAUCUAAGAAAUGUAAAUCUUCAUCUCCAGUCACAAGUGAUGUUGUUGUUAACCCAUAUAUACCUGAUAUAUAUAGAUGUGCUAAAUGCCCUAAAACAUUCGCCACUACAGAGAUCUUUAUGUAUCACCACUACAUCAGACAUCAGAUAGAGGAAAGUACAUGCCAGAGUUGCCGUGCAACAUUUACAUCUGUUAGGAACUUGAAGCUACAUGGGAAAUUCUGUAAAGGAGAUAAAGAGAACAAGAUAGCUGAUUCAAAGGGUAGCCACACAUGUGAUGUUUGUAGUAAACAGUUUGUGUCCUUACAUUUCUUACAAAAACAUCGAAAAACACAUGCAUGGAAAUACCAAGCGCCAAUCAAACCAAGCACUGGCAAAGCAAUGAAGCGUAUGAUUACAACACCCAUGAGGAGAAAAAGAAAAAGGUCAACAGAUUCUGAGGAUGAAUUUGGUGAUUUCACCUGUAGCAUUUGUGAAGAGACCUUCCCUAAUAUUGGGGAUCUUAACCGACAUGCACUAUUACAUAGUUCCAGUGGUGAAUUUGAAUGCUCAAAAUGUGGGAAACUUUUUAAGAAAUUCAGAUAUUUUAAAAUGCAUGAAGCAUGGCAUAGGGCAUAUAAGAAAGAUAGCGAUCAGAAAGUUGAAAAGAAACAAAAUCAAGAAACACCAACAUGUUCUAUAUGUGGUAAGACAUUUUCCGCUCCUCAUUAUUUGAAAAUGCAUAUGAACUUCCAUAGUGGAGCCCGGCCAUACCCAUGUACAAAAUGUGACAAAAAGUUUCUUUUCCCUAAUCAUUUGAAAAAACACGAAGCAGCUCAUUCAAAUGAGAAAAUACAUAGCUGUCAGUUUUGUAAGAAAAUCUUUCAAAAGAGGAGGCAGUUGGUAGAACAUGAGUUCACCCAUACUGGUGAAAAGCCAUUUGCUUGCGAUCAUUGUGGAAAAACAUUUAGUUUACGGCACUAUAAAACAAAGCAUGAAAAGCUUGGUUGGUGCAAGAAAGUGAAUAAGGUCAACUGUCCUAAAUGUGCCAAAGAGUUUGUAAGUCGAAAUCAAAUGAAUAUUCACAUUCGUGAAGACCACUACACAAUAGCAUGUGAAUUCAAAUGCUCCAUUUGUUCAGAAUCCUUUUGGACAGCUUCACAAUUACUUCACCACAAAAUAGUAGAUCAAGGACACUGCGGAGCAGAUGUAAGGUUUGCUGACAAUGUUGGUAAAGUUCAAAAAGCUGCAGAAAAUGUCAACCUUAAGACAUGUGAUCAGGGAAUGAAAAUUGAUGCAUCAUCAGAAGAACUUGUUCAAAGUAUCAUAAGUGGCAUGAUCACUGAGAUAACAAGAGAUGAAGAAAAUGAAUAUGAUUCAACAGAAAUAGUAAAGGAAAUUCUAGAUGAUAUUGUGAAAAAUAUUACAAAGUCUAAUGGGAUAGACAAAGACCCAAACCAUACUGAAGAUAUGAAUGUAGAAAAUCUUAAUGCAGAAUCAUCAGAGCCGUCCAAUAAAGAAAUAGUAGAUAUAGAUGACAUCAAUAAAGAUAAUACAAUGGUAAUUGAUGAGCCAAUGGAUACCAAUCAUGAAAAGCAAGAGGCUAUACUUCCCAGCGAUAGUAUUGCCAAUGUAAGCUCUGCAUUAAUAGAAGGUCAUACAAGCAUAAGGGAGAAAGACGUAGGAAUCAACAAUUUAAAUCAAGUAAAGCCAAAUGAAAUGAAUGAUUUACACGCAAUGAACACUUCAGUGGCACUAGACUCUUCCCAUUUCUUAGCAAAACAAAUACUCAGUGAUGUGGUUAGUGUCUCUAUAUGUGAAGCUCAGGGUCCCAUUGGAAUUAUCACAGAAAUACUUUCUGAACUUGUUGACAAUGUAGUUAAAAAUGAAACAAGAACUACAUGUCUAAGUCUGAAUGAUAUACCAGAAAAUGCCAGUUUAGUAAAAGAAUUUAGUUCACAUGAACUAGAACAAUCAACAUUUGAGGAUAACUCGUUAAUGGGUGUUAAAAUUGAAGCUGCUGCAUCACUGAAUCAAGUUAGGAAUUACAGUCAAUUUACUGAUCUCUCGGCAAAUUCCAAUUUGUCCAAAAAGUUUAUUUGUCAGGCAUGUGGGAGAGAUUUUCCUCGACAGCGAGUACUAGAACUCCAUGAAUUGUGGCAUUUAAAUCUUAAACCAUAUCGCUGUCUCUUUUGCCCAAGAAAGUUUACAACCACAUCUGCUAUGAACAACCAUGAGAAUAUCCAUAUGGGAUCACACAAGUGUGAAAAAUGUGAUGAACACUUUACAAGUAGAGGAGAACUUACAGCCCAUAAGAGAACUCACAAAGAACUGAGAAUUAAACCACCAAUUAAAUGGCGGUCUACUGGUAUUAUUAAGAAGGCAAUAGCCACAUCAACGAAACAACACAAACCCAUAGUCAAAAGAAGGCCAAGGAAAAUAGUUAAACGUCUUGGAAGAAUUGAAGAAGGGGAACAGGCAGGAUUUGCUGAUGGAAGUGAUUUCAUAUGCAGCAUAUGUAGUUUGCAGUUUGAGACAUUAAAGGAUUUAACAAAGCAUGCAAUAACACAUGGAGAGGGUGAAUAUGAAUGUUUGACCUGUUAUAGGAGCUUUAGGACAAUUAAAAAUCUACAAUUGCAUGAAAGGUCACAUAAGACUGUCAUCGAUGAAUCAAUACAAGUGGAAAAGAAGUCAUAUCCAUGUGAAGAAUGUGGUAAAAUUUACAACACACAGGCUACAUAUUCCAAACAUAUGAUAAACCUACAUGGCCAUGAGCCAAAAGUUAAAAAGAGAAAAACUAAAGUAGAAGUAGAAGAAGAAAAUCAACAUGUUUGUAUUAUCUGCUCAAAGGACUUUAAAACUAUGAAAGAGCUGAAUAGUCACUCAUUGUCGCAUUUAGGCUCUGGGGAAUAUGAGUGUUUGGAUUGUGGAGAACUGUUCACAACACAUAGAUAUCUACAAUUACAUAUCAGAAAACAUAAAAAUGACACAAAAGAUGCUAAAGAUACACUCAAAGCUAAGAUGCAAGACAAAGAAGAAAGUAUGUUUGUUGAUGAUGAUGAUGUAAGAGACCCAGACUAUGAUGCAAGUAAGGAUGCUACUGAUGAACUUGCUUGGGAUCCGAUGGAAGAUCCCAGCUUCGACCCUGAACUGAUCUGUCAAUUUUGUGCCAAAAAAUGUAAAACAUCAGCUGCACUUCAAAGUCAUGUUAAAGUCCAUCUUAAAAAUAUCUUUGAAUGCAAGUUAUGUAAUGCAACACAUUCAUAUCACUAUCACCUUCUGAAACAUUAUCAACAAAAACAUGCAGAUAAAUUACCAAUAUCAUGUACAAAUGAGCGCUGCAUAGAAAGAUUUGCCACUGAGAAGGAAAUGAAUGCUCAUAUAGAUGACUGCACAAAAACAUUACUAUUUUGUUUAUUGGAAGAGUGCUCAGAGACAUUUCACUCAUCAAAGGAAAGGAUAAGUCACGUAGAUCUUGAUCAUUUUCCUGUAAAGGACGAUGAUCUUGUUUGUAAAGGAUGCAAAAAACAACAUCCCACAGUGUUUGAACUAUUAUUUCACCAACUUAUCAAUAAGGCCACCUGUGGUAAGAAAUUGUCAUUUUACAAGAACAGUUCCCUUUCUGAGGCAGAUCUUCGAGUUUUUAAUAGUUUCAAGAAAGUUGAUGAGCCACCAGAAAAAGCUUCAUUGGAUGAAACAAAUAUGGAGGAAACUGCUGUUAAAGUAUUAGUAGAGGCUGCCAAUGGUAGUGCCGAGGGUGCAACUAUAUUCAAGGAGAAUGAUACACUAGGUGAUAAAGAUGCAGAAACUGCUCAUGGGGAUAAAUCAACUGAUCUUGUGACAAAGGCUAUAGACAGUACUGAAGAUGACCAAAUAACCAAUACUGAUAUUCUUAAAGAUGGUGAUGGGCUAGUUAAAGAGAUAAAUGAAACACUUACUGAAGAAGAAAUGUACAAAGCCUAUUGUUCAAAGUUUAUGGCAACAAGAAAAUACUGUAUGGCAUGUGGUAAAGCUAGGAAAUGGAAAAAUGAAAACCAAAUAAGGAAAUGUGCUUAUUUUCACUUGGGCUUAAGACCUUACAAAUGCACCUCAACUGGCUGUACUAAAAAAUUCAACUCAUAUAAUGGAUACAACCAGCAUAUGGCCUAUAAUCACAAAGAUGGUGAAUAUACCUGUGCUUUAUGUGCUAAGUCAUUCCAAAUGGAGCAAAGCUUGGAGCAGCACAUGAAAUAUCACAGUGAUAUAUCCACAUCUUGUACAUACAUGUGUGAUGAAUGUGGUAAGAUCAUGGGCUCAAAGAUUGCUCUCAAAAUGCAUGUCAAUUCCCAUAAAAGAUGGCUUGGUAAGGAAGGGACUAAGACAAAAUCACAAAAUUGUGAUCUAUGUGGCUAUGUGUGUGCUGAAAAAAAAAGCUUAAGGAAGCAUAGAGCUUGCCAUGAUGAUGAGACAAAACACCAGUGUCCAAUAUGCUUUAGAUUUUACCCAAAGACGGUGAACAUGGAUAAACAUAUGAAGAUUCAUGAUGGGGAGAAAAAGCCAAUGAAGUGCACAGCUUGUAACAGAUCUUUCCGUAAUGAACAGCUCCUUUCCGAUCAUCAAAACUUGCACCUUGGGGUAAAACCAUAUAAGUGCACUGAGUGUCCUCAAGCUUUUCAUUCCUCUUUAACAUUUAAGAAACACCAGUUCCAGGCGCAUCAGAUUGGAACUAACGACCUUCGCAAUAAAGAACUCCAAGAAGAUAUCAUGUGUGAUGAAUGUGGGGUUAUUCUGAAAACACCAGCCAGUAUGACACUUCAUAAGAAAGCAUUCCAUGGAAAUAAAACAGUUCUAAAAUGUGACAAAUGUAGUGCUAUGUUCAAUGAUGGUAUCGAGUAUGUUGAACAUUGCCAGUCAUGUACUGGACAAGUCGGUAGCAACAAAUACCAGGCAAAAUUCCAGUGUCCAAAUUGCAAUGCUAGAUUCAGGAAGCAAACUAGAUUUGAUGAUCACAAGCAAGAAUGUAAAUCUGAACCAUAUCACUGUGAAGAGUGUGACAAAUAUUUUUAUACUGGGGUUGGGCUUAUGCGACACAAACAACAACAUGUCCCAGAGCAUUCAUACUCAUCCAGUAAAAAUGUGAAUAGUAAUUCUAAGGGGGUUGAGAGAGAGGACCUACCACCUGAGGUGCAGAAUCUGGUAUCACAAUUAGGCCCCAAUGUUGCUGUGGAGUAUAUAUCUGGAGAUGCUGCCACACCCGGCACCAAGAUCACCAAAUCUGGCGGGGCCACCUACUUCGAAUUGAUCAUCCCUACACCUGCCUCUGGAGAACCACCCACUUCAUACAGCCUUAAGGAGGCUGAAGAGAUACUACUGAACACACCAAAGACCACCCUACCUCAGAUCACUUCCUUCUCACCAAACAAAUCCGAGACAAAACACAAAGAUAAGCCACUACUUAAACGGAAAUUGCCGUUUGAGUUUAAAUCCCGGGAACAAGAACGAGAAUGGGUAAGAACUGGAUUGAAGCCUGUAGUUAAAAAACGGAAGACAUCUAAAAUUGAGAGUCCGGUAGGCUGGAAUGAUAAAAUUGAUGUAAGUGAUCAUGACGAUGGUGAUACUGGUGGUGAUGUUGCUGUGGAGCCUUUAGAAGAAGUGGUUGCUGACUUGCCUUGUGAUAUAGAGGCCGCAGCAGUAGCUGCUGGUCUAAUUGAUGAAGCACCAUCAGAUAAUAAGAUCACACAUUUGGAAAUAAUCAACAAAUCACCCAAUGAACCAAAGGUUGCCAUGCCAACUCCUCCGGCUGUUGAGGCUGUUACAGAAACAAUGAAACAAUAUAAAACAGUGAGCAAGGCCCUGAUUACAAAUAAACCCACUCCCGCUAUAUUGAAAUCCCCUGUUAAACCAGCUACACUCCCAACUCCUAUGCAUAACACUCCUCAAGCAACAUCUGCAUCUAAGACUGUGAGUAUUGGUGCUCCUGUUAAUGUAGAUUCAAUGAACAAAGUCAGUGCAAUUCUUGCUGGCUCUAACAAACAAGCGACAAUAUCACUCCCGAAGGACAUGGUGUUGUUGGUUGAUGAGACUGGGAAUGUUCUUGGUGUUGUGGACUCUAAGUCACUGAAUGAUGGCACAGCUAAAAUUACAAAUCUACCAGUUGAGAUGUCUGUGAACGAAGCCCCUGUUAAGAACCAAUCGGUAAUGCAGGCAAGUACGGUCCAUACCCAAAAUAAGACUUCCCCCAUGAAGCCCCUACGCACAGGUACAGCCUCGACAGCUUAUGACAUACUAGCGCCACCUAUUGCCCAACAGCCAUCCAUUCCGCAACAGGCCUUCAUCCAAGGUCAACCGCAAGGCAAAUCAGCUCCCCACACAAACCUCACCUCUGCCUUACAUCAGGUCCCUCAGCAAAAGCCAACUACGAUCAUGAACACUGUUAUAUCUGAUGUACUUGAUAGCGCCCUUGGGCUCUCUGGGCUCGCCACAACAACAGCGCAACUUGAGGAUGAUAUCGUAAAAGUAGCAAAAGGGCUUUCAACUUUGGAUUAUAAUGCUAUACAACCCACACCUGGCACAAGCAGAAAUGUAACAUUUAACCCUUUGACUCAAGUUUAUCAGAGUCCUGCCAAGCCAUCAACUGAUUUGGGCACUGAUUAUGAUAGUGAUUGUACAUUGCCUUAUGGUGAAACACCCCCACCCAGCCCUUGACAAUGAAGUGAAUGAUUACUGAUUAAACCUUUAUCAUUUUGGAAAUGGUACUGCGAUUGUACUGUAAUUCACUGUAUUAAUUUGGUGCUAUUUAAUUUUUUGUUCAUUUUGUAAUUUGUAAGGUUAUUUACUUGGAGGUUUUGGAU